UAUUUAUACAUGAAGUAAUUCAAAGUCUUUAUUGGAAAACAGUACGUGUUUACAAGACAUACAUGUAUUUAUAAACCGUUUUGAAGGACUAUGUUGAGCAUGAAAACGUUUAAAAAUCCUUUUAAUUUCUUUCCUUCAUAAGAUCUAGCUGGUGGGGUUUUUUUUUUUUUGUUUUUUUUUUUUUCUUAUCCUUUUCAUUUUUGUGCAUGAAUUUGAAACAUUUAACAUUCUUAAUGGCCUAAUUCAAUCGCUUCUCGUUUAUUUGAUUUAUAAUUUUGAACAGUAUAGAUAGACGACAAAUCAGUUAACCUAUGUGGUGUGAAGGAAUGCACAGUCUAUUUAAAUUUGUGCGUGUCGAUAUGUUAGUCUGUAUAAUAACUUAUCCGCAAUAUAGGCCUGGUGUCUUUUCAAAAUUAAGAAAACAAUUGGCGUAGUUGUAAUUGAGCGAGUCGGACCUUUAAAUCGCGAUAGGAUUUUAAUCAAACUUCAUUUGGCACCUAAUUGAUACUAGUCCUUUCUAGUCAGUGCUGCUCAUUUCAACGUUUAAAUUCAUAUAUUCAGUGAUGGAUGAAAAAUCAUCCUGAACACGUCUUGGCAACAAAAGCAGGGCGACUAGCGAGGUUCGUGUUGAGCAUUGAUAUGGUGACUCCGAUUUAUACCUAAUCCUGGAGGCCGUGAACGAUCUAAAGAAACGGCUAGAUUAAUCGUUAAUCUCGUUGUCCGAAAAAGUUUCUGUAGUCAAUCUGAAUGUACUUAGCAACAAAAAUAGCUCACUGUGUAGCAGGAAUUCUUUAUGGAUGGACAUAACCUUUGAAACCGGAGAUAUGGCUGAAACGUGAGCGCCAUUAAAACAUGCCGGGUGACAUAGCAUCGCCGAAUCUUCUGUUAGCCCGUCCAAAAUCGAGCCCCAGUGUCAAUCCUCCGACUAACGGAAGUAAACCGGGUACCAACGGAAGUGAGGAUUACCAUGUAGAGCUACUGGAAUACGAAUGGCCGGAUCUUCCGCCCAUCCCUCACAUGAAGGAUGCCAUCACACGGGAACGAGUCAGCAGGGGCAUUAGUUAUAUUCUGCCAAUCGACAAGUCCCAGAUCUCCAUUAAUAACCGUUAUCGGACAGACCUCAGGGCAAUGUUCCAAGAGCCUUACGCAAGUGAUAAACUCAGGUUCGACGAAAACAAAUUGAAAUUAAGUGCAAAAAUACAUUUCGAUACAAACACGGGGGAUACGAAGUGGACACAAAAGUUGUUGAAGUCCGUACCAGUUGAGAUUAAUUCCGAGUCUGAGAAAAUCAGAAAACUGUACGCCAGGUCCGCCCCGGCCGGCGGCUCCAGACGAUCGGAAUUCAAUUUAGAUCAAAUGAAAACGAGAUCAAGUCUUUAUCUUCCUAUGAAAACGCGAGCCCAUCCCGAGGCUCAGAAACUUCGAAAAGAAGUGGAGAAAAUUAUUCAAAGUGUGCAAGAGGACGGCGAGGACUAUAGUGAUGACAGAUUUAAGGAAAAUGACGAGGAGACCAGCACAGCAAAGAUUGCGAUCGCACGUCCGUCGUUGGCGCAUCACAUGGCACGAACCAGUAUUAUGAGUAGCGCUAGUUCGCAUUCCGCAAAAUCACGAUUAAAGCUUACAGCUGAAAAUUUCAACAGCUACGAACAGCUUCAGAAAACGAAACCUCCCAGACCUCAGAUACCCGAACUCCUCAAAUCUCGCUACCUCAGUGCCGAAAAGAACCAGGGAAUCUGGGAAUGGCUCCACCACGGCGAGGAGAUGACGGAAUUCGAGUUCUUCUUGUCAGUAUGUGGAUAGUGGAAAGAGGUGGAAGGUGGAAUCAUGAAGGCUUCCUAAGUGGAUAACGAAAAAAAUGUGGAAGGUGAAUUAAUAAAAGCUUCCUAAGUGGUGGAUUGUUAAAUAUUGAAUCAUACAUACCUGUGUGCAUAUAUAUUCUUAUUUUGCAAGUGAUGAUACGCGAUCAUACAAAAACACACACUCCAAUACUUGAUUGUGACUGCGAGUUCGUGUAAUUUGCCGUACAUUUGUAUUUGCUUCGCUGUGCCAAAUCCUCAACUGUGAUGUAAUAAUCAAAAUGUUACCAUGUUAUCAGGCCUACAAGAUUAAAAUAAUAUAUUUUUCUUGUAAAAUGCAUUAAACAUAUUGAUUUACA